UCUCCCCAGUGCCUCGCCGAGAUGACCCAGGCUCCAUUUAUGAGGAAAAAAAUUUUGUCGUUGGGUUGAAAGUUUUCGUUUUAAUAUUAAGGGUUUUUGUUUUGAAUAUUUUACCAUGGCAGACGAUAUCGAUGAUUUAUUAGACGAAUGUGAGACGAAGUUUUUCGAAAGUGGAAAAAAACCUAAACAGAAAACUACAACCAAACACAACUCCAGCUUGAGCUCAGGAACUGAAAAGACAUCAAGGAAAGAAGAUAGAAAACCGAAAAGUUCACAAAUUAAAAAUGCCGAUCGAGAUGAACUACAUGAUAUGAUCAGAGAAUGUAUGGAUGAUGGACCAGAAAUACCUGAAUUAAGGGAACAGCCUGCAAAAUCUUUGUACAACUCAAACACAACAGAUUUGAGUUCAUCGCGAAAGCGCUGUGUGAAAGUUUUACUUGGGGGCUCUAAAUUUUCAAAAGGACUCUGCACUGGAUCAGAAGAGAGAGUGUGUGAUAAGCUACGAUGUACAUCAUGUGAUUUCAAUGUGGUUAUCCUGAAUGACUUCGAGUGGCACAAAGAUUGUGAUUAUUUAUUCUUCAGAAAUAAUAUACCAGAUUUUGACAAGCUUAAAAGCAAACUAACAAGGAAAAGAGGUUGCUGUGCUUAUGCCUGCCAGUGUACAUGGAAAUCAGUUGUGCAACUGACAGAGCUCUGGUCUGGUGAUCCACAGCUGAAAUGGGUUUGUGGAAAACACAGUUGACAUGUUUAUCAAGUGAUUAUGUGAACAGAGUUUUCUAGAGACCUAUUUAAUACUGUUACUGUCAACUGUAUAAUACCAGUUACUGGAUUUUUGUAAAUAGGUGUACAGUAUGAAAAUGAAAAAGUUGGAUUUGCAGCUGUUAUGUAAAAAUUUGCGGUGUUAUUAGGGUGUACAGAUAGAUAGGUUGGAAAAUGCAUGUCAACCUUGUCUGUGAAUUUUUACAAAUUUUAGGUUGUGUGGCUGUUGAUUUCAAAGCAAAGCACACCACUUAUAAUACACUGAGUUGAAAUAAAGCAGAAAUUUAAUGGUAACAGUAAUCAUUAAAACAUUUAGAACAGGAA